AUGAAAAGAGCUAGAGAGUUAAAAUCCCCUUCCAAUUCUACAGGACAUAAAAUUAGGCGCCGUUCCCUGUCGAUGUCACCUUCACGUAAGCAUCGCGAAAAGAAGAGAAAAAAACAUUCACAUCGUGAAUACGAUGGAAGUCAUAAGACAGCGAAAAAGAAAGAUAAGAAAUCCAACCGAAAAGCUAAAGAAGACCUAUUAGGAUAUACUAAUAACGACAAUCCGUUUGGGGAUGAAAAUUUAACGGAUACAUUCUUAUGGCAUAAGAAGUUAGAAAAAGAUGGCCUAACGAAUCUUGAUGCACAGCAGAAAAGGCAAUUAGCUGAGAAAAAGUUAAAGGAAAAUCGAAGAGAGCUAGAAAAGGUUAAAUAUAGAAGAUUAGAACGGGAAAGAGAACAGGCCAUGAGAGAAGAAGAGUUAGACCAUCUGAGGCGAGAGAAAGAAGCGGCCCAAUUUGCUGGCUGGGAGAAGCAGGAAGAUGAAUUUCUCCUGAAACAAUCUUUACUACGAUCAGAAAUUCGUCUUAAUCAUGCUAGAGCUAAGCCAAUUGAUAUCCUGGCUAAAUAUGUCAAUUCAUGUCCUGAUGAUGACACUGGAUAUGAUGUCAAUGAACCUUACGCCGUAUUAGUAGGAUUGAAUAGAUUAGAUCUUGAAGAUUUAUUAGAAGACAUAAAAAUAUACAUUGAAAUAGAGCAAGGAAGGAACGGAGAAUUUUGGGAGGAUAUAAAAGUUUUAGCCAAAUCAGAGCUAGAAAGGUUAUCUAAAUUGGAACCAGGUGGUAAUAAAGCUGGACAACGACGCGAGGGAAUCAAUGAAUCAGUGAAAGAUGAGGUUUCAACUAUAUUCAAAGGGAAGAGCUUCAUGCAGUUAUUAGAGUUGCAAAGACAGAUCGAGAGUAAGAUUAAUAGUGGAGAAACACUAGAUAUUGCCUAUUGGGAAUCAUUGCUUAAGAAAUUAAAAAUAUUUACGGCUAGAGCUCGCUUAAAAGCGAAACACCAAGAAAGGUUGAGGGAAAAACUUAAUUAUCUUAAGGAAAAGCAACAAGAUCAACUAAUUUUAGAAAGUGUUGCAACGAAAACUGAAGGAGAGCCACUAUUUCCUGUCGAAUACGCCGAUGACGAAAAUGAUGCACAAUCCAGAUCACCUGAUGCUGAUAAUGAUGAUGAUAAACCUGAUAGUAGCGAGGCACUCAGAAAUACAUGUUAUAGCUUAUACCAAGAGGGAAACUAUAGUCCGAAAUUGAUGCCUUUAAGUGAUUUCUCUAGGAACAAAUAUGAUAUUAUCGAUUCUACGGAGGAUAACGAAAUGUUAGAAAAAGCUCGUAAUGUAAUAAAAAGGCAAAGGGGAAUUGUACCAUGGUUAAGCGGUGGUAAUCCAGAAAUUAAUGCAGGAGAAAGAAAUUUUCUUAAGGAAGCUAAGAAAGGACAGGAAGAUGGAGAAGAAGAUUUUAACGUUGAUGUUAAUCUUAAAGAACAGAUUUAUCAAUGGCAAGAUAAAUACAGACCGCGUAAGCCCAGGUUCUUCAAUCGUGUUCAUACUGGCUACGAAUGGAAUAAAUAUAAUCAAACACAUUAUGAUACAGAUAAUCCACCGCCUAAAAUUGUUCAGGGAUAUAAGUUUAAUAUAUUUUAUCCUGAUCUUAUUGAUAAAAUUCAAACGCCGCAAUACUAUCUCGAGCCAUGUUCUGAUUCAAAGGAUUUUGUUAUCCUGAGAUUUCAUGCCGGUCCGCCGUAUGAAGAUAUUGCAUUUAAAAUUGUUAAUCGUGAAUGGGAAUAUAGCCAUAAGAAAGGAUUUCGUAGCCAAUUUCAUAAAAAUAUUUUUCAGUUAUGGUUCCAUUUUAGGCGAUACAGAUAUCGCCGUUGA